AUGGCCACCUUGCUGGACCCUAGGUUCAAAACUCUUGGUUUUCUCAGUCAAAGCAAAGCACAAGAGGCGGUAAGGCGGCUGAAAGCAGAAUGUUCUGCACUGAUUGCAAGCAAUGAAGGUGUCCAGCUGCAGGAAUCAGGAGAUGCAGGAGAAGGCACUAGCAGAUCUUGUGAACUGUGGUCUCUGUUAGAUACUACAGUGGACCAGAAGAGGCGUAGCUCCAAUGCCACAGCAGAUGCCAUUGUUGAAGUGGAGCGAUACCGUGCUGAAAAGAACCUAAGGAGACAUGAAGAUCCAUUGGAGUAUUGGCAUACACAGAAACAUGUGCAUCCCCACUUGCACUGUAUGGCACUGAAGUUCCUCUGUUCACCUGCAUCAUCAGUGCCGUGUAAACGAGUUUUUUCCAAGGCGGGGGAGGUCCUCUGCCGACGAAGAAACCGUCUAAAACCUGAAACAGUGAAAAAAGAGAUGCAUCGAAAUCACACAUCAAAAGCAGACUAA